GCCAUGGGUUUUGGCCUGGCUUGGAUACAAUGGAUGAAGGCAAUCUACUCUAACCCCAGUGCCAGGAUCCGAAUCAACGGCAUUACCCGUGGCCCUACUUCAGACAUUCUUUACAUCAGUGAAACGCAUAUUCUCAGAGUUCAUAUGGGCACACAAACACCCCCAACUCCCACACAAAAUCCUG